CAAAUUAUUUCCUUGUUUUUACAAGAAUUCUUAAACAACGCCUUUCUGUUUCGUUUCGGUGUGAACACAUUUUUAUUCGUUCAUUUCUUAAAUUCUUAAAUAAAAUGGAAGAUACUGAAUGGACUGAUGCAUUGAAAAAAUAUGGUAUUAUUAAAGAUGAACCAAAAGUAGAAGAAAUUGAACCGGAACCAAUUGUUGAAACGAAAAAAUAUGAACCAUCCAAUAGUGAUGAUGAAUUAGAAUGGCUUGAUGAACAUGAAGAUGAUGAUGAUUUUAUACGAAAUUAUCGUAAUAAACGUGUUAUGGAAAUGCAACUACAAGCAUCGAAAAAAUGUUUUGGUGAAGUUUUGGAAAUAACCGGUGCUGAUUAUAUUCAAGAAGUGAAUAAAGCUGGUGAUGGUAUAUGGGUUGUACUUUUAUUAUAUCGUCAAGGGCAUCCAUUAUGUCGACAACUACAAGAUAUAUUCAAAGAAUUGGCAUCAAAAUUUAUCGAAACAAAAUUUCUAAAAAGUAUAGCCACACAAUGUAUACCAAAUUUUCCGGAUGAUAAUUUACCAGCCGUUUUUGUCUACUUAAAUGGUCAACUAGUCAAACAAUUAAUUGGACCGAUUGUAUUUGGCAUGGAAUCGAUCACCAAAGAAGAAGUUGAAUGGAUUGUAGCCAAAACUGGUGCUAUAAAAACAACAUUAGAAGAAGAUCCCCGUAAACAAAUGUAUGCAUCAAGAAAAUUUUAUCAAAAAUAUGAUUCAGAAGAUUCGGAUUAGAAAAAAAAAAUACAAUUGAAAUUUUUUUUAUUU